AUGAUUUCAAGAAAAUUAUCCCUUUUUGUUAUGAUCGCCUUGGUUUGCAUGAUCUUCGUAGGAUUAACUCAAAGUGCACCAUUGAGUAAACGCGAUAACGCUUUCGCUAAAUUCAAAAAAGGUGGAAAAAACAAGGUCGUAGGCUUAGUUACCUUUACGGAUAUAGGCGAUAAAUUUCGAGUUAUAGGAAAAUUUAAUGAUGGUUUCAAAAGUAAAAACGUCGAUGAUUAUGAAUUAAUUUUAGAAGAUGCCAAUGGAGGACUCGAAUUAAUUCUUACCGAUAUCUUUAGGGAACAAGCAAAAGGAAAAAUGAAACCACCUGGUACUCCACGUUUCAAAGUUGAUAUUGAUAAUGAUCAAUUGACCGUUAGAGAACUCAUUGAAAAGGCAUUCUUUAAUAUUAGAUUUAAGGGUCGGUUAAUUGGCAGUACUAAAAUCAAACAAGCUUAA